AGGGGACGUUGCUGUCCCUCCCGUCCCACCCGCAUCUCCAGCGUGGUCAGCGUGGCCAUGCCAGCAGCUGACGCCGGGCAUGGCCACAGCUACGCCGGGAAUUGUGGCCGGCGGCUCCCAGCCCCGGGGACUGCAGCGCUGCACGCAGGCAGGCGGGGAGCGCAGCCGGGGCCGAGCGGACUGGGCAUGUGGAGCAUGCCAGAUUUGUCCGUCGGGAUUUGUCCGUCUGGGCGUUCUCCCAGGUGCUCGAUGACCCGUGUGGAUCGGGUGUCAGGCCUGGAAUAGCCCCGCCAGAGCAGGGAGCCUGUCUACAGGUUUAGCGGGGAUAUUUAUAAACCCUUGGGUUUUUGGCUGUUUCGUGAGCAGCGCAGAGGGAUGGUGCUCGUCAUGGCCCCAGUGCAGGGAUCGGGGACGUUUCCCUCCUGAGCUCGGUUUCUCCGGCUGGGACCAGCGGUGACAGCCCGCCUGGCUGCAGGAGACACCAAAUUGUUUUCCCUUCCCGCUGCACUUUUGACAGGGGUUUGCUGGCUCUGCGUCCAUCCCGCGCUGCCCUUCCUCCUCCGUCCCUUCCCGCUGGGGACUCGUGCUGGGGUGUGAGGCUGGAUUCUCGCGGGGAGGCCGGGGCAGCUCUGUGUGUAAGGCAGAGAAAUUCCCUCAUAUCAGUGUCAACAGAAGAGACAGGCACCAGAUUAAAUUAACUCCCAGGGCUUUCAAGGUAUUUUUUUCCUGUGACAGCUCCCGAGGAAUAUGCUCGGCAAUAGCCCAGCAUCCCCAGCACGGGGCUGGACAGGCGGGAGAGACGAGUCUCCCUAUUUCUGCAGGCUCCUGGCCAGCAGCGCUUUAACCCUCUGCCCACUGGUCUUUGCAAGGAAUCCCACACAGCAGCAGCCCUGCACGGAGCAGGAGAAAUAGGGAGGCCGUCCAGCAGGGAGGUGACAGCUAUAACCAAGUUAAAGCAGCGAUGACGGUUAUCUCCCCGGCUGAUGUCAGGUGGGCUGAGAUUUUCCACAUGCCUCGGAGCCGGGCAGCGGGAUGAGGGCAGCCAGAUAGGGACGGGGUGCUGACUUCCCCGAUAGCGUAAGAAUGCCGCUGCGCAGCCGGUGAUCGGACAGGACCUGGUGGGUGUCGGUGAUGUGGCAGCGUCUGUGCACGCUCCCGGGCUGCCGCAGUCCCAAAUGGUACCGGAGCCAAACGGGGUUGUGGUUUAUGGGCUGGGCAGGGAUGCCUGAGGAAGGGAUGAGCUCUUCCCCUGGCUAGGAUCAUCAUUGCAGGCUAGGGACAGGUUCCCGGAGGGUGUGAUUCAGAAAUAAGUUGAUGUAUAUUAUUUUCCUUUGAUUCAUUAGGCAGGGGGGGAAAUAUGAGCAAAGCCCAGGGGUGAGGGCUUCUCAGGACCUCCGGCACUUGCUUGGCCAAGCGCUGCCCUCGCCUCCGGCCAGUCUGUCUAUCAGACAGGCACAGGCUGGAUGCAUAGUUCAUCUAGAGGACUUUGAGAACUAUGGAUAAAAAGUGCAAAGAAAGUGCAAAUUUUUUCUUAUUAUCUUAGAAAGCCAAGAACCACCUUUCAUUUAGCACUUAAGCUCUCCAGUGCAUUUUGAACCUGGGUGCCUGAUUCCCAGGGAACAGACGUGUACAAAUACUGACCUCAGUAACUGGACAUUUGGGUAGGCAAAUGUCACUGGCACCAAGAGAUGUGCCUGUUCUGCUCCUCGGUGUAGUAUUCACCUUCUCCACUUCUCUGUCCAUGGGGGAUUUCCAGCCUAUUUGCAUAGGAAUGCAUAGGAAUAAUCCCGUUUCUUGAGUGUGAGUGGUGUGGACCUGCGACAGCCCAUUGCCCAGGGAAGGUAACUCGGUGACGGCAGCCCCGGUGGAUGUGGCUCAGGCUGUUGCUGCAGCGGGCUGCCGUCCUCCGGGCAGGAGGAACCGAGGUAGACGGUCUCUCCCAGAGGUGCUUGAGGCUUAGAUCCACACAGCUGCGGUUCAGGGACAGUAGUAAGAUUAUUCAGACCUGUAAACUGAAGCUGUGAGCACAGACGGGAUGUUCGCAGGGGCUCACCAGCGCUGGUGAUCAGCGGGUGGUCUCAGAAGGGCUCACCCCAGCUGCGGUGGGGAGCUGGGAGGCUGACGGCAGCCGUGCACAGACAAAGUAAUGGUGGUAGGAGGGAUGGCAGGUCUUCCCUGUCCUCUGCAGGAGGACUCCCCAGGGCCUGGCACGAGCCCACAGCAUCCAACCCACACUGCGGGAAGCCUUCCUCCUCCCCAUCCCGCAACGCCCGCUCCCCUGGGGCCGGUACCUGUGCUGCUGCUCACAUCCGCAGCUCCGGGACGCGGGCAUCGCCUGCCACCUGCUCUCAGCGUGGGAUCUGCGAUGCUGGAUGACACGGCAGAAACAUGUGCGGUAUUGAGGCCACGCUCAGCGCUGGGAGGCAGGGGGAUGGGAAUUCAUUAGCAGUGUCUCUUCUAAUCAGGAGGCAGGUGCUGCUUCUCCUUGGGUCCAGGAAUGAGGUGAGCGAUGGAAGUCGCUGCAGGGGUGCACCCUGAAAGGGGAGAGAGGAUGCGCCUAGUGAUGUUUGAAAGGAAUCCGUACCGGGGAGAGGAAGGUGGCAUCUAGGGUGCCCUCGCAGGGGGCGAGAUGUUGCAGAACAAACAUAUGGAGAAGAUACCCAGGGAAAGCCCCUUGGGGGGAAGCCCCCGGGUGAUGCCCAGCCUUGGAGCUUGCAAAGCCAGGUGGCACAGCCCACCGUAGGAGCGAUGCCAGCUGCCGUGGGGAGGGGGGAUGCCGUGAUCUCCUCCAGCUCUGACUCCGACACUGAAAUGUGAGUUGUAGUGCAAAAAACUACAUUUCCCAGUUUCCCUUGCAGCCCAGGGGAAUAAGCAAUUGGAAGAUUUAAAUAGACCAGGCCAGAAGCAACCAACCUUUGGCACAACGCUUUUCCCUCCUCUUCUUCCAAUCUAUUGGCUGUUUAACCUUUUUCCCUGGCACUGGAGUGGCUGCCAAGCCUGGCAUUAAUUUUCCUUCCAAGCUUGCUAGGCCCAUGAAGUAAACAGCCAUGUGCAUUCCUUACUCUAUAUUUAACAGCUGCAGUCUGUGCUGGGGGCAACUGCAACAGAGGGGAACCUUUGUAGCUUCCCAAAUUCACGGCUCGUGAGGGUGGGAGUGGGGGGAGCUUUCUGCGGGGAGAAGAGGAAUUUCUCUCCUUCCCGGUAUUUGCAAAGCAGGUUGCCUUAGAGAGAGACUGCAAUGCCAGCAUCCCAGCCGCGGUCCAGGGCAAGAGACAGGAACAAUGUCCUCAACAGGGCUGAGUUCCUCUCCCUGAAUCAGCCCUUGAAGGGGAACCAGGAGAGCAGGAGCUCCGGCAGAAAGCAGAGCGGCCAGGCCGGAGCAGCUGGUGCCCAGAACAGCAACCCCAAGGAGCGGAGGCAGUCGCAGCAGCUGCCCGAAGAGGACUGCAUGCAGCUCAACCCCUCCUUCAAGGGAAUCGCCUUCAACUCCCUGCUGGCCAUUGAUAUCUGCAUGUCCAAGAGGCUGGGAGUGUGUGCCAACCGAGCCUCCUCCUGGGGUGGUGCCCGCUCCAUGAUUAACCUCCUGGGGAUAACGGGGCACGGCAUCCCCUGGAUCGCGGGUACGCUCAUCUGCCUGGUGAAGAGCAGCACGCUGGCAGGCCAAGAGGUCCUCAUGAACCUGCUGCUAGCCCUGCUUCUGGACAUCAUGAUUGUGGCUGGUUUGCAGAAGCUGGCCAAGCGGAAGGGCCCGUACGACGUCACCCCUGGCUUGUUGGACUACCUGACCAUGGACACCUAUGCAUUUCCAGCCGGGCACGCCAGCCGAGCGGCCAUGCUCUCCAAGUUCUUCCUCAACCACCUGGUCUUGGCCAUCCCUCUCCGGAUCCUGCUGGUCCUCUGGGCCCUCUGCGUGGGCUUUUCCCGCGUCAUGAUCGGACGGCACCACAUCACAGAUGUCCUGUCUGGCUUUGUUUUCGGCUAUUUACAGUUCAGGCUGGUGGAGUUGAUGUGGAUGUCUUCCAACACGUGUCAGAUGUUGAUAUCCAUCUGGUGAACAUGGAGGACUCGACGCCUUUCCACUGGAAACUAGCAGAUACUUUGAGUCUCCUUCCCAGUAUUUUCUACAUGUUGUUUGUCGGAAGCAGUUGUAACUUCCAUGAGUAGUGGCGUUUUUUAAUGUUGCUUCCCCACCUGAAAAAAAAAAGUUUCUUGCAAUGGAUUGGGUUUUAGCAAUCAAGGGCCAUACCUGUGUUUUGGCCAUAUUCUCAAGCUGUGUUUGGACAGCAACCUAAUUAAGCUUUAAGGAUGAGAGAAAUGAGCUACAUGUCCGCCUAGUUUGAGUGGUUCACAUCGGCACCUUGAUACGUCCUCGGGAUGGGCAGCGCCUGAGAGCUUCCUGAGAACACAUUCGUUAACUUUUUUGAGGCUAAAUGAUUUUGGCCACAGUGCUUUUUCUUUUUGUAAGCCCAGCAGUUGUGUCUUGUACAGAGUAAGGACACUGCUGGCACUUCACAGAUAAUAAAUAAUCACUAAAAUCC